AUGGCGCUUGUCAGACAGACAAAGACAGUCAGUCUGGUCUGAUUAAGCCCCAAAGAGAUCAAGAAGAAGCGGGAAGUGAGGGGAGGGCGAUUUUUUCCCCUUGGGAGCUGGGAGAAGCAGGUGCUGGGAGUCUGAAGCAUUUUUCACGUUUUGGAGCUCCCCCUCAUUUUAUUUUGUAGCCCCCACCCCCAAAUCUUUUUUGCUUUUCACAUUGGGACGGGGGGAUCCGCGCCCCCUCAACUUCUACUGUUAAAUGGUCAAGUGGAGAGGCAGUAACCACGACCCAAAGAAUGGUAACUAGUGCCGAAGACCUCCAAGAGGCUUUUUGAUUUCCUCUCCCCAUGUAAAGUAUGCUGAGAACCUUUCCAGUAGUCCUGCUGGAAACCAUGUUUCACUACACAGAUGAACCCAGAUUCACCAUAGAGCAGAUAGACCUGCUUCAGCGGCUGAGACGUACAGGAAUGACACGGCACGAAAUCCUCCAUGCCCUGGAAACUUUUGACCGCCUCGACCAGGAGCAUAGUGACAAGUUCGGGAGGCGAUCCACUUACGGGGGCAGUGGCGGGUCCUGUAGCAACAGCACCAACAACGUCCCAGCGUCUUCCUCCACAGCCACAGCUUCCACGCAGACCCAACACUCUGGGAUGUCUCCAUCGCCUAGCAACAGUUACGACACCUCCCCACAGCCUUGCACUACUAAUCAGAAUGGGAGGGAGAGUAACGAGAGGUUGUCCGCCUUCAAUGGGAAGAUGUCACCCACCCGCUACCCGCUAGCAAACAGCAUGGCUCAACGAUCGUACAGCUUUGAAGCCUCUGAGGAGGACUUGGAUGUAGAUGACAAAGUGGAGGAGCUGAUGAGGAGAGACAGCAGCGUGAUAAAAGAGGAAAUCAAAGCCUUCCUGGCCAACCGAAGGAUCUCUCAAGCAGUCGUUGCACAGGUAACAGGUAUUAGCCAGAGCCGGAUCUCCCACUGGCUGCUGCAGCAGGGAUCAGACCUGAGCGAACAAAAGAAAAGGGCCUUUUACCGAUGGUACCAGCUUGAGAAGACAAACCCUGGGGCCACGUUAAGCAUGAGACCAGCCCCCAUCCCAGUAGAAGAACCAGAAUGGAGGCAGACACCUCCUCCAGUCACGGCUACCUCUGGGACCUUCCGACUACGGCGGGGCAGCCGAUUCACCUGGCGGAAAGAGUGCUUGGCUGUCAUGGAAAGCUACUUUAACGAGAAUCAAUAUCCAGAUGAGGCCAAGAGGGAAGAAAUUGCAAAUGCCUGUAAUGCAGUGAUUCAAAAGCCAGGAAAGAAGCUGUCUGAUUUGGAACGAGUGACCUCCCUCAAAGUGUACAACUGGUUUGCUAACAGAAGGAAGGAAAUCAAGAGGCGAGCCAAUAUUGCAGCAAUCCUGGAGAGUCAUGGGAUAGAUGUACAAAGUCCUGGAGGCCACUCCAACAGUGACGACGUAGACGGGAAUGACUAUUCAGAGCAAGACACUUGGCAAGUACGCAAUGGGGAGGAGGAGGGACGAUGUACAGAGGGAGGCAGAGAAGCAGAGAAGUUAGAAGAAGACAGGAGGAUCUGCUCAAAACAAGAUGACAGCACUAGCCAUAGCGACCACCAAGACCCUAUCUCACUAGCCGUGGAGAUGGCAGCAGUAAACCACACCAUCCUGGCACUGGCCCGGCAAGGAACCAACGAGAUCAAAACAGAGGCCCUAGAGGACGACUGAUGAAUCGGCGGAGGGGGAGGGCUGAGACCGAGAAAGUAACUUAGUUUUAGACGUAGCACCUUAGCAGCCUUUCCUGGUCUUUACUAUGUGUUUUUCUUGCAGUAUAACUUUGCAGUCUCUUGUACGUCAAAUUAGCCGUUUAGGGUCUUGUCCUGUGAAGAUGGCAUGGUGCCCUCUGACUCCGCAUAUAAACUCUCAGUAUUAAUUCCCAGUCAAAUAAUUAACCAAACUGGCUGACCUCCCUCUCCCAGCCCCCCACCUGUCUCCCCCAUGGCUAGACAAAAACCUUUGCUGCUCUGUCUUAGCAUUCCAUGAAUGUGCUUCCAGGUGUCGUAGGCAGCCCUCAAUUCCAAGCUGUAGGCUAAACCUGUAACGUGAAAAAAAAAUCCUUGGAUUACCUUUCGAAUGUAGUGUGUUAAUGCUUUUCCUUUCUGAGAUAGAAAGAGGAUAAAAGGAGGUUGCGUGGUUCCAAGGAGAACAGUGGCUGCCGUAUUGGGAGUGUUGGACUGAGAAUGGGGAGAUGAUGGACUUCAAUUCCAUUUCAGUGUCUGGUCUCCAGGUGCCAAUAAGUUGUGCCUCUCUUGAUCAUACAGUGACAUGUCCUGUUUUUCUUUGCAGUUGGUGCUACUGUGUGAAUGUUCUGGGUGGGAUAGAAUAAGAUGGGAGAGUGUCUGUUGGUGUAUUUUGGUUGAUUCUCAUUGCCUUGUUUCUUUCUUGUAAGCUCUGCAGCAAGAGACACACAACUUGCUAAAGGUUCUCAUGUGAGCUCAGAGGAAGCUGCCUGUUGCAGCUCUGCCUUGGGCUUGACUCAUUCCGGUCAGCCUCUGGUGCCUAGGCGAGUAAAUCUGCUGCCUCUCUGCACCAGGGAAUGAUUGGGUCAUUUGAGUACUUCCCAUACAGGAAGACAGCAGAAUUACCUGCAUCCAGAGGAGGCACAACCAGAACAGUGGCCCACUUGGAAAAACAAUAUGGGUCUUCCUUACUUUUCCUUUCCAAGUACAUCUUUUCAGUUGCAAGGGUAGUGUGUGCCUCCAGUUUUCAACCUCAGCUUUUGGAAGUUUGGAACAUACUGCUCAAAACUCUUGUAACUGUUUACCUCUUCUUUCCCCCACUCCUUCCCAUGUUCUUGAGGGAAAUGUUAUUAAGCUGAGGUGUGUGCCUAUAGCUGCAAAGUUGCCUCACAGCAGGGCCAUAUUCAAGUUACGGGGGACACACAUGAGCCAGCAUAAUGAUUCCUGAUACACAUCAGAGGGCAUGCAGAGUGGUUGUGCAUUUUCUGUGCCAUUGGUUCCCCAUGGUAUGCAAUUGGCCCAUAAGGAAUAGUCAUUCUCCUUCUUGAGAAAUCUGGGUGAAAAUACCUCGUGUGUGUGUUUUUGUGUUUUCCUACUUCUGUUUUUGUUCAGGAGCCAGAAAGCUGUACCAUUUUGAGCAGGUUAACUAAAAAUUGGAAGCCAUACUUAAACAGGAUACUUACUGGAUGUUGCCAUGAUGCAGGGAUUUGGCAGCAGGGGUGCAGUUACUGUUCUCCCACACCUGCGGUGGAAGCCUGGUUAUUUCUCCCCCCUACUGAUUUUUGCGGGUUGCCAUGUCCAAUGUGAGGUUGUAUUCAGACAAGGUAGGGUGCUUAUUGAAAACAGCACUGGGUGGACAAAACUAACUGUAUGUUAAGUGAAUCUACCUUUAAAUAGCAAAAACUAAUUGAUUUCUUUUCCUUGAUCAAAUGUAGCACUUUGGUUACCUUUUUUUCUUAAAUAAAUAAAUAUAUAUAUUUGUAUUUGAUAAUUUCUUUUUUUUUUAAUGUCACUGGGAAAAGUCCAAAAUAAAAUACUGUAAAUUCAUGUAAGGGCCUAAUCCCAUGAUAUGCCUCGAGCAUUGGGAGUACUUCCCACGGGAAGGAACUGGGCACUAAAACACCAGGGAGGGACUUCUCCUUCGUAAAUGGGAUUGUUGCAAAAACAUCAUUUUUGCACAGGAGAUGUCUUUGGAAGGUUGUCCCUGGUGUGCCUUUUUGUGUGUCACUCUUCAUUGGAACUUGUGCAGAAGAUCUUCCUAGUGGAUUGGGCCCUUCCUACCCUAAGCAAUCAGUAUCUCUGUGAUGAACUCCAUGUGCAGCUUUAUGUAAAUAAUAGAUGUUGUGCAUGGUGCUCAGACUGACAGCUGUCCCACAAAAAUGUUCUCAGGUUCUGAUGUUAGCUGACUCUAAUGUUUAUCUUGCCCAGCUCACUUCUUUGAGACAUGUAGAAAAAAUUAAGAAAGCGGAAAAGACUUGAAGCCCUUGUAAUGUUGAAGUGGGACAGUUUUAAGACUGACGCAUUGAAUUGGUGACCAUCUUGGAAGCAGUAAGCCAAUUCUCUGUACCAAUCUUCCAUCUGAUGAUACCCCCAUUCCAAAGAGUUCUAUGUGCAGCUGGCUGCUCACCAUUUCCCUCUAUACAGUUUGAAUGCUGUGAGAUGGAGAAAAACAUGGGGGAAGCAACCAACACUUUCCAUAGUGGUCCAGUUGCAGCCUUGCCUGCAAUCUCCCAAGGUGCAAGUCCAUUUCAUGAUGUGGUUUGUUUCCAUAACAGUAGAGCCAUAUUUAUAUUGAGGGCUCAACCUUUUGAAAAGUUGUCAAUGCAAAUACAUAUUCAGACAAACAGCAAAGGAUGAUGAAAUGUUUCCUUUUGGAGUCUAUGAAGUUGGCAUCUCUUUGGGUGCUUACGGUUGAACAGCUGAGGUGGUGAUGCUUGGAAGUUUUCUGUCCAGAGGCUCAGAUGGCAGGUCAUUGCUUCUAAACUGAUAAUCCAGAAGAACAAAAUUUUUGAGUAGAUGAGCUGCAAUUACCCCUCCUGGAGAGCAUUCAUAACUAGUCUCUCUCAUCUUGUGAUGACUUCCCCAUUUCAAUUGGUUGUCUCAAUGCUGCUGUACCAUAGUGGUUAAGUGGUUGGGCCGCAAACCAGCACUGGUUCGAGUCCCACUACUGCCAUGAGCUCAGCAGGUGGCCUUGAGAAAGCCACUCCUCUCAGCCCCAGCUCCCCAGCUGUAUUGAGAGGAUAAUAAUAACAUUGACUUCGUUCACUGCUCUGAAUGGGGCACUAAUCUCUCUAGAGAAGAGUAUGUAAGUGUAGAUGUUGUUGUUAUUAUUAUUAAUCUCUGCUAUUUGAGUGAUAUACUGUAUGUCUAAGACACAUCCUUCCUUUGUGGAUUUUUCCUGCCCCAAAAGUAUUUGAUUCAUUGCAACCAUUUGAUCACCAAAGUAAAAAUGAAACAGUAGCCUUCUACCUGGCUUGUCUGUCUGAAGCAGGCAAAUUCACACGGUGCUUCAGCCAUAGACUCAGGGAUGUGAACUGGUUCAGUGGCUGCAGAGAAACCUUUUUGGGGUGGGGGGUGGGGGUAAUGCACAUGAGCAAGUGUGUAUCUUUUAGUGUAGGGUAAGCAAAGAGUGUGGGAAUUUGGGUGUGCUAGUAUGGGGGAGUUAUCCAGCAAAGCUGUAGUAGCUCCAGUGGAAUUUUACCUCCUUUGUAUGAUAGUCACACACUGAUCUGACAAGCAAACAGCCAGAAUUUAUGACUCUGAGAACAUUUAAAUAAUCAGUGCCUUCUCUUCAUUGGGCUUGCCACUGCUAUUUACUUCUGCUGUUCCAUUAAUGGUAUUUUAAUUUUUUUUUUACUUUGUUUCCUCAGCAGGAAGCUUUAGCAAAAGAAUAUGUUCUUGCAAGGGGGUUACUCAUAAACAGUGGAUAAUCAGAGCAAGAUCCCCCUCCUCUUCUGUGAUUUGGAAAAAUGCAGCUUGCUGGUUUUCCAGUUCAGAAAACAGAAGUUGUAAUGCCAGGCAAGUUCAAACCUCUGGUGUUGCAUUGCUCAUGUGAGGAAACCACAGGAUUUUUGCAUCAGGUUUCAGAAUUAACAGCGCAAUCCUAAGCAAAAUUAUUCCAGUCUAAGCCCAUUCAUUUCAAUGGGCUUAGACUGGAGUAACCGUGUUUAGGAUUGUACUGUAAGAAAGUCUUACACCAGGGUCAAAUCUUGAGCUUGAUGGGUUGUGCUGAGAUAGUUUAAAGCAACUUCUCCUGUUAAAUGACUGGACCCCAUCCAGAGAAAACAGCAUCUGAAUAAUGAACAACUGUCCUGUUGGUUUCAUUGGGAAUUUAGAUGCUUCUAAGUAGGUAAGAUCUAUACCACACUAAAGGGUGACUCUCAUAAUCACAUUUUUCACAGGGAAGAGACUUUAUACCAUGAUUGGGGAGAACAAUACACAUGGAACCCAGUUUUACUUAGAGGUUUGACGCGGUUCUGUGACUGAAACUCAAUUCCUCCCGCAUUAUUACAGCAUUUCAUGUUACUGAGUGGUUUGGCCAUGGGAAGAUGACCCCUCUUGUCCAUUCAAAUUAGCAAAAUAAGGAAUAGUUGAUGGUUUUUCUUUUGCUAUCAGAAUUGUUGGAUCAGUGGGUUUCACAUUCCAGAUUCUUUUGCUUUGAAAUGACGUUGAUUUCUCCCCCCACCUCCACCUCUCUUUUGGUUUGCCUUUGCAUUCUGGAACUGCAGUAAACACUUUUAUUUGUAUUUCCAAGAGGAGGUAUCCAGUUCUUGAUCUAUUAUCUGGAUCCAUUUAACCAUCCUGAGGAUGGUUGAAAUUUUUGGAAAUGUUAAUGGAAGGUCUGGUGUGCAGGAGGUAUAUUGUGUGAAUUAUCUCAAGCUGUUUAAUCGUUAGGUAUCCUUCUGUGUAGGCUCAUGUCUUGUGGUGCACAGAGGUCCAGAUUAUUGACGACUUGGCUUUGCAGAAUCUCCCGUCGUUCUUUGAUGUCGUUGGCCUUGUUGUUUUGGGAAUAACUGAAGAGCAGCCUUUCUCCCAUCCAAAUUUUUUAAAAAAUCAUUUCCUUACCAACAAUGAUUGCAAAUACAAUCUUGGUUUUUGUUGAAUAAUAUUUCAUUUAUUUUAGUGGAGGGCAGAAGAGAAGUUUGUUGGAAGAUGACCAGCCAGAGGAAUUUCUAUAUUCAUAUUUAGAAAAAGGGCUUCCUAUUAAAAUAGUUGUUUGCACUGUGUACUACAGUUCUUUUCAGUGAUCAGAAUUGGAAAGACUUUUAGGCAAUAAGUGUUGGUUUGUGUGUCUGCUAUUGAUAUAGACCUACAUGGGUAGUCCUCACCUUGAUAAAAUUCCAACAGGAGUCACAGCUUCUGUCACUGAUGUUCAACUUUCUUUCAAUACUGUUCACAUUUCAGGUUGGUGUCCCUCUCUCCCCCCCCCCCCCCCCAGUAUGCUGUGUUAACUGGAGUUACACCAAGAAUGACUUCUUAAGUGAUUGCUGCAUAAUUGACUUCUGAGAGCAGGUUAUGAGUUUUCUUGGGAUGGGAUUUGGCUCCUCUUUGUGUUGAAUAUAGAUUGGUGUUAGGGAAAAAUCUGCCAUUGGUGUUUGUGGCUACUCUGUGAUACUGUGCUUUAAGAAAUUAAAGCAUAAGGACCGGAUGAAAUUGUAGAGGCAAUUACAAAUGGGAGGGUAGAGUUGGUCUCAAGUGCCCCAGAUGUGCUAGUGAACUUCAAAGGACAUACAAAUAUCCCUUUCUGAUUGUUGGAGACAUUAGUUUUCUCAUUCUCUGUCCUCCUUGAAAGCAAAUGGAUGUAUUUUUGCAGUAACUUUCAUUCAAAUUUUUCUUGGUGGAUUGCCAUAAGAAAAGGUUAUUUGGAGGGUCCGAUGGAUGGAUGGCAAUGGCAAUGCCAUUUGUUUGAUCGGUGACUGGCGGUCCUGUAUGCAUGUGGUUGGUUCAAAGAAAAGUGUUGCCGUUUUUGCAAUUCAGUCUUAGUAACUGAAAGCAGAUUCCCCGAUUCCUUCUCCCUAUAUCCUAAUGCCUUUCGUAUGCCAGUCUUCAGAGAGCCUAUUUGGCCUCAUUAGUUCAUGUUCUCAGUAGUGGUAUGCACUUCAAAAAUAUUCAUAUUAAUUUUGGAUCUGGAUUUGAGGAAGGAUUGUCCUGGUUUGGGGGGAUUCUUAUCAAUUCUUAAUUUUUUUCAGGUUUUUUUGUGGAGGAGUCCCAAAAAUUUAGGACCAGUUUUCCCCCAUUCCCCAUCCAGAGGCAGCAGGAAAGGGGAGAGAGAAAGAGGAAGCUGACUCUGCCAAACAACUGUUUAGUGGUGCCUUCAUCCCUUUACAUUUUACUGUGCUAGUAGUUUCUAUGGGACAACCUUGCCUCCAAACACAAGUCAGGCCUAUCCCCAAAGAAAAUAAUGACCCUUUAAAAUUUAAAGUUACUGGAGAGAGCCCUCCCUUGACUAAUAGGUGAUUGGGUAGACGUGGCCCAGGGGACUAGAUCUAUCAUCCAUAGGAAAUAAUAGGACCAUUAUUUCCUGUGGGCACUAAACUGGCUGGGUCUACUGCUAGUGGGAAAUAAUGGCCCCAUUAUUUCCUAAGAGUGUUAGUUAGGCCAGAUGAUCUACCCACAAGAAAUAAUGGGACCAUUAUUUCCUGUGGGUGGUAGGCCUAGCUUCUGAGGCCAUGUCUACUUGAUCAAAUGUUAGUUAACAUCUCCUGAUUUCAGCGGUUUAAAGAGAAUAGAGAUAAAAACAGAUAUUUUCCAGGGCCGACUUUCUCUCUCUCCUUGUAAUGGUCAGCUGCACCUUCCCUUCGGAGUAUGUGGACAUCUGAAAACUUGAAAUGCUUCCAAAAUUCCAGGAGAUAAAUUUUUGCUACUCCUAGAAUUUCAGGAGUGUUUGGAUCAUUUCAGAUAUCCCUAAAUUGAACAGAAACAGCUAACUUGGGGUUUAUUUUUGGCUUGGUAUAUCUGAAUGCACAUCCCUCCAUCUCAGGAGUUUUUUUAAAAAACAUUUCUUUUUGCUUAUAAAAUGAGGACAAAUUUUGCAUACAUACUUCCUUUCUGUAAACAUCCCAGGAGAAUCGAACUAGUUUUCUGGAUCUACGAUUAGGGAGGGAGUGUCUUUUAAAUUGAAUGAAUUGUACUCUUUCAUUGUAUGUAAAAAAAUAAUUUUACUGCUUUCCAAAUAGCUUGUGGAGAAUCCAAGAACUAUCUGGUGUAUGGUAAUAGGACUUUAGCAGCUAGCCUUGAGGGAGGUGGAUGAUCUGGUAAUGGUCAGCUGCACCUUCCCUUCGGAGUAUGUGGACAUAUUAAACUGCCUUAUAGGGAGUGUCCUUUAGUCCAUCUAGCCACUAUUGUCUAGUCAGAUUGGCGGCAGCUUUUCAGGAUCCACAGACAACAUUUCUUCCCAGGCCUGCCUUGAUAUCUGAAAUAAUAUUUUUCACUGGAGAUUGAACCUGGGAACUUCUACAUGCUUUCCCAAGUGAUGGCCCUGGUUCUGUUACUCUGCUAUGAGUAAUUUACUUUUGGAGAACUCAUUAAUACAUUUUCCUGUCUUUCCUUUUACCCCAGAAAAGCAAUCUGGAACAGGUGGUUGUGCCCUACCUUCUGAGAUUUGUUUUAGGUGGGUAGCCAUGUUGAUCUGCAGUAGAACAGCAGGAUUUGAGUCUAG